AUGCCGUCGCCACAAAACCCGCCACCCGGGUACACAACCCGUCCCUAUCUCCUCGUCCCAAAUUUCCACGUUACCGAUCCAUCAGUCUGCGAGAUGGGCCUCGGAGACCAUCCGUGGAUGGUCGCUACUGUCAUCGAGGACGACGACCUGAUGUUUGGCGGCAAACCCCUCAGUACCUGGUACGAGGAGGAACGGAGGCGACAGAGCAUGGGCAGCAGCGACGAGGAGGAGGAGCGCAGGGGACGCACGCGAGACCGGCCGAGGGCAUGUCACGAUGGCCAUGACCAUAAAAACCGCCAUCACGGACACAAGGCUAACAAGGAGGCAAAAUAA